GGAGCAGCGUUAAGCAUCGUCAACAUCAUGGCGUAGUCGUUCCAAAUUCGUGAUAGUGCAGCGCUUUUCUUCGUUGUGUCACAUCGAAAACGGGAUGGACGUUAACCCUAGUGCGUUUUGAGUGGUCACGGUGCAAGUGUUUGGACGACCGGUAGCCAUGGCAGACGGGAAAAUCGGCAAUUAUCAGAGCUGCUGCAGGCUCUGCCUGACCGAGAAACAUGAGACUCUAUUGAACGUUUUCGACCAGUCGAUGAGGAAUAAAGGACUGGCUCAGAGGAUACAGGCUAUGGUAGCCGUUGAGAUAACAACGGCAGAUAAAAUAUCAACGCUUGUCUGUGACCAGUGCAUAUCAAAAGUCAACUCUUGGCACACAUACAAGGAAGAAUGUUCUAAUAACCAAAACAAAUUAGAACAAUGGAAGAACUAUUGGAAUGCCAAUUCUCAAAACGAUAUGAUCCAGAUUAAGCUCGAGCCAACAGAUCUGGAAGCUGAACCAGAACCUGAAAUAGAUGAUAAACACGAGGAAGGCAGCACCUCAGACAACAUUGACCCUGAAUUACACAAUGGAGAGCAAUCUUUCCUCGUACCAGAAGUACGGAUCAAGCCGGAACCCAUGGAGGAGGUCUACAAUGAGCUACCACCUGAAAUGUCAACAACACCACACACUCCCCAGUUCAAUCUCCUCGACUCCGAGGACUCCCAAAAUAGUAUCCCAUGUUCAGUCGCUAGUACCCCAUUUAACAGCAGGAAGUGCCGUUUCUGCAGUAAGAUGUACAGCAGCACCGGCAACAGGCUGAGGCACGAAAAACUUAUUCACGGCAUGAACACACCAGGGUUAUCCAGCUCAGACGCAGAAGCAGCAUCCAUAGGAGAUGACUCAAAUUCAGUCAGUUCCCAAGACAACAACGAAAGUGAACCUGGCGCUAGUUCUGUCCGCACAUUAAUGUUGGCCGACGACACGGAGCACCGUAAAAUUCAAUUCGCAGCCGGCCUUAAGUUGCUCCAAAAGGACACCACUCCGAUAUCCAUGGAAAGUCUCAGCAAAAUUGAACUUAGCUACAUUGAAAAGUGCAAGGCGAUGGUAAACAUGUUCAAGACGUUGGAGUGUGCGUGCCACCAGGUCAACCAUCCCAACGUCAAAGGCAUGUUGUCGCAUUUACGGGCUCAGCGCAUUUGGUUUCCGGUGUUCACGUGCUACAGCUGCAUGAUCACCUACACUGAUCGGUCCAGUUUCACCAGGCACAAUCUGGGGUGUAAGAGACCUGCUCUGGAAACCUUAAAGCGGCUGUCCAAUUUAAAGAAACGCAGCGGCGUCAAGACGCGUUUGUAUCAAAAUUACAAAUGCACUUCUUGCAAGUACAUGUACAGCUUCCACGAGGAGUUCUGUAAGCAUGUCGAUGAGGAGCAUCCUCUCGAGGAGGGGCCUCCGUAUAUUUGUUCUUGCGGCAGAAGUUUCAAUGACGCCGACGAAUACAAGGACCACAUUUACGUCAGUUGUUUGGUUGAAUAUUAUUGCGACAUUUGUUUUGUCACCGUUAAUACUUUGGAUGCGUUCCUGAAGCACGCCCAGGAGGUACACGACAACUCCGAGGGUUUCAUCCUGUUGCAAGAUGACAACUACAAAAUUAGAAGGUCGUUGCAGAAGGAAAAAAUGGAAAAGGAACUCAAAGAGGUUAAGAAGGAAGAAGCGAUUGUUACAGGCAAACGCCGCAGUUCAUUCUAUAACAAACACUUGAUGGAUUCAGAGGAGGAGGUGGGCGAACCGAAGAGGAAGACCCGUAACAGCGGAGGUACGCCAAAUUCCAAGAAGCCCGACCGUUGCCCAAUAUGUCACAAGGAGUACUCCAAUUACCACAACAUGUUGCGCCACUAUAAAACCCACACGGAAAGCGACUUACCACCGGACGACUCCCUGUACUCCUGCCCCGAUUGUGGUGGCAUGUUCAACACGUUCCAAUGGCAGAAGCAUUUAUUCGAGAACCACGAAUCCAAAACUUGUGGCGAGUGUGGCAAGGUGUUCCAGUUCCAAACGGAGUUGGACCAACACAGGAGUGUCCAUUUGAAUCUGAAAAUCAGCAGGGACUCUAAAACUAAAUCGUACACGAGCACAAUGGUCAGUCCCAACUCUGAAACCAGCGUGUUGUUAAUAUGCAACAUCUGCGACAUGGUGUUCCCCUCCAAAGAAGAACUUAAGAAACAUAGGACCUCCUGUCUAUCUCACGAAGUGACUGUAAAGCAGGAACAUGUUGAUGUCCCUCAAAAUGAGAGUAAAUACAGUUGUAUGCAGUGCAACAAACACUACACAGGGUACAGUGGACUGUGGGAGCAUAACAAGAAGAAGCAUCCCACAGUUAAAGCACCCGCUAGCAAAUAUCCUAGGAAGUGCAAUUACUGCGAUAAGGUUUGUACGACUGGCGCCGCCUUCUACAUCCACAAUCAAAUGCACGAGCGUAUGAACCACAUUGCCGGGAAACAAGGACCGAAGGCCGAAAAGAAUAACAGCAAACCGUUGCUAACGCCUAAAAGGGAAAGGCAUGUGGACGAAGAGGCCCAAGAUGAGGAGAACGAAUCGUACCACACGUGCAAGAAAUGCUUCAAAGUGUUUUCCUCAAAGUACAACUUGAAGAAUCACAUGAAAUGUCACGGUCUGAGCCCCAGUACAAAAUCCACAAAAUCGGGUGCCGGGCCCAAGAAAGUGUGGUGUGACGUUUGCCACACGUCGUGUGAAAGCGCUGACGCCUUGGCCCAGCACAAGGAAGAGGAGCACGCCCUCGAUGAAGAUAUGCCCGACCUCGACAUGGAAAUUGACAAUCUGGAUUCAAAGAUACCGUUCAUUUUUACCUGUGACUAUUGCACGAUGACUUUCACUAAAAAGACGGCGUUGCAGAAGCACAAGGAAACCCACAAGCAGGAAAGGGCUCAUGCAGCUUACACUUCAAACGAAAACGUCUAUUGUAAGUACUGCAAGAUUCCGUUUGAGACCGUGGCUAGUUUGGCGUACCACAUGAAGGAUGAACACGACGAGGUGAUGAAAAUUAAAGGCUUUAAACAGAAGGACAAGUCCUUCGUCUGUGGCGAAUGCCACAAAGGUUUCCAUUCGGCGUUGGCUCUCAACGCUCACGUUGGAUGGCACAAGAGGACCUACACCUCAAGUGUGAAACCAUUAAAGGCUGUGAAACAAGAAAGUGAAGUAGCUUCAGUGAGUGGUUCUCAAGUUGGAUCUUCCAAAGUCCAGUGCACCACUUGUAAGCAAACAUUCCCGAACGAUACCGCCAUGCAAAUUCAUAUUUUGGAGAAACACAGGAACAUCGAUGCAAUAAUGCUGAUACCCAGAUGCAACAUAUGCAAUCAAGACUUCAACAAUCAGGACGAGUAUGAAAAGCACAAACGGUUGCACGAUCUCCUUGAGAGACAGAAGAAACACAAGAAGAUGCAACAAGCGGCUGCCCAACAAAGUAACAAGUUCCAAAAAGUGAAUAAGACCUUCCGAUGUUCACGUUGUUCCGCAGUGUUUCACAAGCACGAUGCAUACAUAACUCACAUGAGACACAACUGCAGGGAAGUCAAUAAUGAGUUCAAAUGUCUCCAGUGCGACAGAACUUUCGAAAGACAGAAUGCUCUGACUCUUCAUCUGAAGAUGCACGACAAGCAGAAAGCGGGUAAUGUCCAAAGCAAAGCACUAUUUUCUUGUUCGAUCUGCAAUAUGGGCUUUGAUCUACCAAAGGAUUUGAGGACGCAUACGAUCAAUGCCCAUCCGUUCUGACGAAAAUUACACAAAUAAGUUUUUUAUAAUAUGUUUUAUUUUCAAGGUUAUUAAAUAUGUUUCUCGUUUUGUUGUACUGACUCUAGAUACGGUAAUUUGUGCCUAACGUUAAAAAUUACACUAUUACUGUAUGCUAUUUUUUAUAUUACAAUAUAAUAUGUUUAAUUUGA